AUGCCUUCGCCUCCUUAUCAUCAAUCGCCUCAUAGUCAACGAGAAGAUCAUGCAGAGGACGAAGUUUAUGCCCAAUGUCUCUAUGUACUCGGCUUAAAAGGCGGCGAAUCUCUGACUGAGGUCGAUGCCAGAUAUUUCGAGCUUAUAUCUAUGUGGAGUGGUCCAAGACUUCCAACUGAUGAUGGUCUCACAGAGGCGCAAGACCAGAUCCGAGUGAUCGAUGCGGCGUACGAAGGCAUCCUCCCACGACUUAUGCAGAUGGACCCGAACAAGGAUAAGGUGGACGAAUGUUCAAUGAAGAAUGUCGAGACAGCACAAGACCGCAUCGUGCCCUCCAGUCAGGACCAGAAUACCUUUUGGAUUCAUGCUGAUGUUCCUCCAAGGCCACUGAAGCCUUCUGAAAAAGAAGGACUCAAACGUGUCCCGGUCUUCCACAUCAAUGAGAUCCGUGGCAACCUUCUUGACGCACCUGAUGGCGCCGUUAUUGUUCAUGCCGUAAAUUGUAUGGGUGUCUGGGGUUACGGAGUUGCAAGACAACUGAAAAGUGAAUUUCCCACUGCUUUCAACAUCUAUCGAUCUCAUUGCAGGAUGGAGGACAGACCAGAUCACCUGGUAGGAGAAUGUCUUCUCAUCCCGCCUCAGAAGGAAGACUAUGAGAAAGGCAACAAACCACGACGAUGGAUUGCGUGUUUGUUCACUAGUGUGGGGUAUGGGAAGAGAAACGCGCGCCUGAAUAACCCGGGCAAAUGUGAACCACAGUUCAUCAUCUACCACACACAAGCAGCACUCGAAGAUUUCCGAGUUCAGUACGAUGAAUAUGUGCGUGCAGCGUCCAUCUCUCCUGAAGAAUCUGAACCUCCGGGUGAUAUAUGGUCUUGCAAGUUCAACAGUGGUGCUUUCGGACUCGAUUGGGAAGCCACUAAGGCAAUAGUCGAAGACGAAUUCUACGGAUUUGGAGGAUCAUUCUCAGUUGUGGAGAGAAAUUCAUGA